CUCUGAGAAAGUUAUUUUCACCUGAAGCUCGGGCGAGUUUACACGGUAGAGGAGUGAUCGAUCUUCGGCUGUCACAAGUAGACAUGAGACGGAAACAAAAGAGGUUGCUCCAGAUCGCAGGGCUGCUGAUCGCGGCGAUACUUUUCUUGCCAAACGUGGGCUUGUGGUCCCUGUACCGAGACAAGGUGCUGGAUAGCUCGCCGGAGAGAGAGGGGGGCAGUGGCGCGGCACAGGGACUCCACGUCAGACCAAAGAAGGAGGUGAGACUGGGCUUGGAUGGGGAUCAAAGGAGGGACUGGCAUGAUCAGGAAGCCAUCAGGAGAGACGCAGCUCGCUCAGGAGAUGGAGAGCAAGGAAAGCCUUUCCCCUUGACUGAUGCAGAUCGAGAGGACCAGGCCUACAGGGAGAAUGGAUUCAAUAUCUACGUGAGCGACCGGAUCUCCGUGAACCGCUCCAUACCGGACAUCAGACACCCAAACUGCAGAACGAAGCUGUACUUGGAAAAGCUGCCCAAUACAAGCAUCAUAAUCCCGUUUCACAACGAGGGCUGGUCGUCCCUGCUGCGCACAGUGCACAGUGUGCUGCACCGCUCUCCCCCGCAGCUCCUCGCUGAGAUCAUACUAGUGGACGACUUCAGCGACAAAGAACACUUGAAGGCUGCUCUGGAGGACUACAUGGUCCGCCUGCCCAAGGUGAGGAUCGUCCGCACCAAGAAGAGGGAGGGCUUGAUCCGGACGCGGCUGCUCGGGGCCUCUGUGGCCAUCGGGGGAGUGAUCACCUUCCUGGACUCGCACUGCGAGGCCAAUGUCAACUGGCUGCCCCCUCUCCUUGACAGGAUAGCCCAGAACCGGAAGACGAUAGUGUGCCCCAUGAUCGAUGUGAUCGACCACGACAACUUCGGCUAUGAAACCCAGGCAGGAGACGCCAUGCGAGGAGCCUUCGACUGGGAGAUGUACUACAAACGCAUCCCUAUUCCCUCGGAGAUCCAGAACAGUGACCCCAGCGAGCCUUUCGAGUCCCCUGUCAUGGCCGGGGGAUUGUUUGCUGUUGAUAGAAAGUGGUUCUGGGAACUCGGGGGAUAUGACACUGGUCUCGAGAUCUGGGGAGGAGAGCAGUAUGAGAUCUCAUUCAAGGUGUGGAUGUGUGGUGGCCGCAUGGAGGAUAUCCCCUGCUCCAGGGUGGGGCACAUCUACAGGAAGUAUGUCCCCUACAAGGUUCCUGGGGGUGUCAGCCUGGCCAGGAACCUGAAGCGCGUGGCCGAGGUGUGGAUGGACGAGUAUGCAGAGUACAUUUACCAGCGCAGGCCCGAGUACAGACACCUCUCUGCUGGGGACACGAGCAUGCAGAAGCAGCUCAGGAGCGCCCUGAAAUGUAAAAGCUUCAAGUGGUUCAUGACGGAGGUGGCUUGGGAUCUGCCCAAGCACUACCCACCCGUGGAGCCUCCAGCAGCGGCAUUAGCUGAAUUUAAUGUAUUUGCUGCUCCUGUCCAGAUCCGCAACAUAGGCACAGGCCUGUGUGUGGAGAGCAAGCACAGCGCCUCGGGCUCCCCCAUCAGACUGGCGACCUGCCUCAAAGGAAGAGGGGAGGGUGGAUGGAAUCACGCACAGGUGUUCACGUUUGGCUGGCAUGAAGAUAUUCGGCUGGGGGACCCGUUGCAUGUGAAGAAGGUUUGCCUCGACGCGGUUUCGCACAACAGCCCCGUCACGCUGUACGACUGCCACGGGAUGAAGGGCAACCAGCAGUGGAGAUACAGGAAGGACAGAAGUAUUUAUCACCCGAUCACAAACAGCUGCCUGGACUGCCGUGUGCCAGAGAGACAAGUCUUCAUGAGUGGCUGUGACUCUACAUCACAGACACAGCACUGGCUCUUUCAGAAAACAAACUCCACAGUCCUGGAAGAGUUCAACAGAGACACUUAAACGCUCGCACUUCUUACCAAUAGAGAGUUUAUCACAGGGGUCGCGUGGGGUGCCGCAGGUUUACUUGGGUAUUUUUUUUUAAGGUUUUAUAAGAAGAAAAAUCGUUAGAAGGGAUAUUUCUCAGGAGUGAUUUUAUUGGUGCAAUGGGCAAGCCAGGCUAGAUAUACAUUGUCUUGAAUGUACAAAGAAAACUGAAAAGUUGUGUGAAACACCUCACUGCUGUCCAGUAUUGAAAUCUGAAUGGUUGGGAUAAUGUUGUAAACUUGGUGAGAUGGAAUUGUGUCUCCUUCAUGCAGAAUAGAUACUCCUUCAUGCAGGACAAUGACAGAGACAAACUGGUACCAAACAAAGACAGACGCAUUCGAUACUUUGCCAGAUUGCACAAGCACUGUAAUUACUGAAAGCAAAAUUGAAAUUCGAUCUAAAAGCUUAAAUGCCAUUAAGACAUCAGGCAAGUCAAUUUUCUACAGCCCGUUAAACACUUAAUACCAGGGAUCUCUUUGCAAAGAAACCAUGAAGGCACUCGAGCAAUCAAAGAGCAGACAGAUUUAUGAAAUGGCACACUUCACUAAAGAAUUGAAAUUUAAUUUCACAUCAUUUUAUGAUGUUCUUGUAUUGAAUGCAUUACAGUGAACUUGGAGGGAACGUUCUGCACAAAAACAAAAGGAUGUCUUGUGCAAUUCUUCUUCUGUGGCUUGUCCAGUUCUUACUUUAUUUUUUUGAUUGAAACGCACUGGUGUAAAUGUUAAAGGGAGAUGUUUUUAAUGCAGGAGCUCUUGCAAUGUUAAACUUGAAUGGAAUUUCUUUCAGACACGCGUUCCUGGAGGGAUUGUUCCCAUCAUCGAUGUUCCCUUCCUGCACAAGCUCUUUGAGGCUCUGCUCGUGGGUUUGCUGCUGAAAACAUUCUUGUUUGUGAUUUUGGUGCAGAUUGUCCUGCUCUGGUGGUAAAGCUGCAGUCCUGAGAUAGUUAGCCGUGUGUUUGAAAGUGCAAACCUGUAUUGUGUGUGUUUUCAUUGAGGAAAUAAAUAACAUAUUGUUUCUAAAUUGCAGCGGGGCAAAAGGGACAACUGUUUUCAAAAGGCCUGUUUGUUAGGUUUAGAGUAAUAUAUUGUAGCUUUAGAACUACAGUUUAAUUAAUAAAGGGAUUUAUUGAAAAGAGUUGGCUUCUUUAGCAUUUGAGAAUUGUUGCAAUAAGUCAGGCUGUGCCGUGUGAAAUAUCACACAGCGAAGAGAAAGCUCCACUAAACCAAAAGGAUCACGAACAAAUAAUGCUUUGUAGAAGUCACCGAAUGACUCUUGCUAGUGGCGUCAGCUCCCCAGCUUUACUGUACAGUCAUAGCAUUCUCUCCACCUCUCUCAUCUGCUGCAGCUGCUUCACAUUGACCAGGGCUAUCGCAAAGCUAGGGGUUAUUUAACCAUGUCCAGCCUGGCCACCUCAUAUAGUGGGGGCAGAUAUAUAGCAAACUCUUCUAGUGUGUGUAUGGGGACAUGUGGAAGACACACAUGCAUGAUAAUUUCAUAUGAGCCAGGUUGAAAGAAAUUGAAAUACCAAAGAUGCUUGUGUUCAGUUUCUAAUUUACACAAAUACACUGUCUGUGUCUUCUCCUGUCUGCCUGCCUGUCUGUCUGCCUCUCUGCUGAGAAUCCCCGCGUUAUUGUUAUAUAUCUGAAAUGUUUCAUCGUAUUUUGCAUUAUUUUACUUUCUAAUUUUAAUCUUUCAUUGCCCCAGUUUUUUUUUCAUGGAAUAAUGAAAUGUGUCUCAGUGUUCUUGCACCCUGUCUGUAAUUUUUUUCCAUGCUGGAAGGGACAGUUGUAACAUGUUGUUAUUGACAGUGCAUGGAUUUUGUUGUGUAUUCUGGGUUGAUUCUGCCCCUUGUUAUCAAUAGUAUAACCGCUACACACAUGCAUUUCUUUGUUGAUAGAUAUGUGGUUUUAUUAUUCUUAUUAAAAGGCUUUGGGUGUUUACUAAAUGAAGGCUGUAACUGGGUGUAAUUGUAAACUGUGGCGUUGCUAUGGUGAUUCUAACAUGCAGCUGUGGAAUUGUGAACUGUGUUGAUUCCUCUCAGGCACCUGGGUAUUCCUGUUUAAAAUGCAGCCGUAUCAUUAAUCAGCACCACACAGUGUUUUCAGCAUUAACGCUCUGGGGGAAGAUCUCAUUAUUUCAUUCUGCACCGCCUCACAGCUGCCUUGCAAACGCAUUUCACUUGACAGAGGGAUUGGAAAAGAAACGCUUUGAAUGAAUUAUUAUGGGAUUAAAGGGGCUUGGCGUGGAAGAGUGAGACUUGGUAAAUAACCUUCAUAUUGGAUCAUUUUGUUUCUGGACCAAUACAAAAAUAAAUGUUGCUGCUGGGGAAGAAUUGACAAUAUUUUUUACAAUUUAAAACAUUAUUGUCCAUGUGAGGGAAGAGCUCAUUGUAACCCUAAAGUUGUGAGGUACAAGGCUGGUCAAACCCAAAUGGACAUUUUGUAACUCCAGAGUUUCCUUUUUUCUUUUUUUUUUUUUAACUGACUUUUAGAUAACUGUAAAAUCGUACUUCGAUAUUUAACAAACUGUAAAACUAAAUGAGAAUUGUAUAAUAUUUUUUCUGAGCUUGUAAAAUAAAGUGUCUUUUAUAUA